UCUAACGUUUGCAAUGGAGCCAUGUAGCGAAAUGCAAGUGGAAAUGAAUUAAAAUGGUGAGAGAGAGGGGAAUGGGGUCAACAUUUUCAACUUGUUCCCUUCUUUUUUAAAAUUGGUCAUUGUAUUGUAUGUGGAGAUGAUGAAUUCAGAGAUAAGAGGCAGAGACAACUGGACAAUUCUUUUUCACUCAAAGAUUUGUCAGAACCAUCCACUCCCAAUUCCAACUUUCAAAGUCAAAUCCCUUCGCCUUAGGCGGCCGUAAUCCAACUGUUCAUAAUUUUUCGUAUAACCAAUUCUCUUCAAUCAUCUUCAUCCACAGCAACAAACAAAACCUUCAAAGAUGAUAAACCAAAACGCCCAAUUUUUUAUCACCAAUUCCUACAUCAUAAUCUUCUACCUCCUCGCCCAAAUCACUUCUUCUCAAGUCGACCCUAAAUUCCUUGCAUGUGCACCCAAAACCUGCCCCAACAGCAACCAAUCGAUAAGCUUUCCUUUUUACAUCAAAGGAACGCAAGAACCUUACUGUGGGAGCCCUGGUUUUGAAAUCUCUUGUUCUCUACAUGGCUUCCCUAUCCUCAAUCUCUCUCAAACCCAAUACCUCAUUCAUCAAAUCUUCUACCAAAACCAGUCCCUGCGACUCUCCAAUGCCGCGUUCUCAACUUUCCAAUCAAACACCACCACAGGUUGUCUUCUUCCAACUCAGAAUCUCACUCUUCCUCCUACUAACGUGUUCCGUGUUGCUCCGAAUCAAACAGACAUGGUGUUGUUCUACGGCUGUGACGCACCUUCGCUUCACGAACACAGAGUUGGCUGUUCUGCAGAAAACGAGACGAGUUCCGUUUUGGCAUUGGAUAAAAGAGAUGAAAAUAUAAGCGUUGUGGGAGAGAAUUGCAAGGGUGAGGUGGUGGAUACGGUUGUGGAAGAUGGAAUAGGAGGCGUUGCUGAAGCGUUGAGCAAAGGAUUUUUGCUGUCGUGGACUGCGAGUAACUGCAGCGUCUGCAACAGCACCGGAGGGAGGUGCGGUUUNGAUUCAGAUAUGUACGNUUUCANGUGUUAUUGCACUGACAGAGUUCAUUCUGCCAAAUGUGGAGCGGAUGAUCCAGGUCAUAUAGUAUUUUGCAAGCCAAAAACUUUCAUUAGUUCACACAGAGAGUGUUUGAAACUGGAAACAGCAGAAAGAAGGAGGGUAGGUGGCAAGAAAUUUGAAUUGAGUGAUUAUGACAGCGAACGCGUUUUCUCUCUGGCCUCGUUGACUGGUCACGUUGAAGUAAAGUGUGAACCUAACCGCUUAAAAGGACUUAACAUUUCCUUAACCUUUCUUAUUAUUUCUUACACUCUUUCAACGUCAUUUAGACGCCGCGACUGUGGCUUCUUGUCCAUACGAAAUUGUGAUGAUUAUAAUCCGCAUGAGCCCAAAUCUGUCCAAGUACAAGCAAAUGGAAGUUGGGUUCAGGUUGUAAACAUACAUGAGCUUCUUAGUAGCCCUACUACCCGUCUCACAACUUUUCAAUUUAGAGACGAACAUUUUUAUGACCUUCUGCAGAACCGAAGUUGUGAAGCUUUCACAAACAGUUAUACUCUUCCUCUUAAAUCUCGCUUUGCUGCUUUUAGAUUGGCAUACAGCGCAAGUCUGUUCUUGUGCAACAACACCCUCAAUGUCACAAAUAUAAAUAUGAGCAAGUAUAAUGGGUGCCUUGGCUACGGUAUCUACUACAACCACUUCAAUACAGACGAGGAUGCGUCUCAGAGUUCUUUGAAAGCGUGUAAAAGGGUCCUGCUUCCAAUUAAAGACGUGCCUGACGCCAAUGACCCAUUUACUUUCUUAACUGGCGAUGUCACUGUUACAGUAACAUUAACAGAUCAAUGUUCAGAUUGCCACUAUCGCAAAGGAGGGCAGUGUCAACUAGACAGCAGAGAGCAAUUUUGUUGUGCCAAUGCUGCAGCUUCGGAAAAAAGGUCGCGUUGGAAGGUCAAACUGGCUUUAGGUUUAGGCAUUGGAGUCCCAUGCAUGAUGUUAAUUGGGUUGUUGUUUUUCCUUCUACUCCGCAAACGAAAACAUGCUACCUCAGGCGGACAACUGAAGUCAAGAGAUUCUUAUUCUGAUUCCUCCUCGAUUUCUUUUCGAGCAAAUAGUGCCGAAUACUUUGGAGUUCCACUCUUCUCUUACGCGCAGCUUAAAGAAGUGACAAACAAUUUCGACCAUGCUCAGGAACUUGGAGAUGGAGGCUUCGGUACUGUCUACUAUGGGAAACUCCCGGAUGGAAGGGAAGUUGCGGUGAAGCGGUUAUACGAGCACAAUUGGAGGCGAGUAGAACAGUUCAUGAACGAAGUUAAAAUCCUCACAAGGUUGCGUCACAAAAAUCUAGUGUCACUCUACGGGUGCACUUCACGGCACAGCCGUGAACUCCUACUUGUGUACGAAUACAUUUCAAACGGCACCGUAGCAUGUCAUCUCCACGGUGGAUUAUCCAAGCCUGGCUUGCUACCAUGGCCUACACGUAUGAAAAUUGCCAUAGAAACUGCCACUGCAUUGGCUUAUCUACACGCCUCAGACAUCAUCCACCGCGACGUGAAAACAAACAACAUUCUCCUGGACAACAACUUCUGUGUUAAGGUAGCAGAUUUUGGUCUUUCAAGAGACUUCCCAAACGAUGUAACGCAUGUCUCCACAGCUCCGCAAGGGUCCCCGGGUUACCUUGACCCUGAAUAUUAUAGCUGCUACCAGCUGACUAUUAAGAGUGAUGUGUAUAGUUUUGGGGUUGUGCUUAUUGAGCUGAUCUCAUCCAAGCCUGCUGUUGAUAUGAACAGGAGUAGGGAUGAGGUUAACUUGUCAAAUCUAGCAGUUAGGAAGAUUCAAGAAAGUGCAAUUAGUGAGCUUGUAGAUCCUUGCCUUGGUUUUGAUUCGGACAGUAGGGUUAAGGGGAUGAUAGUUUCAAUGGCAGGGUUGGCUUUACAGUGUUUGCAGAGGGAAAAGGAGUUGAGGCCUUCGAUGGAUGAGGUGUUGCAUGAACUGCAGAGAAUUGAGAGUGGGAAGGAUGAGAUAGAUGUUGAUAACGGAGGAGUUGCAGAAAGUCGUGUACAUUCACCACCACCGGCUUCACCGGAGUGGGAUGAAGCUGUACUGUUGAAGAACAGGAAUCCUACUUCCCCUGACACUGUCACUGAUAAAUGGGAAAGUAAAUGUACUACACCUAAUAUAAGUGGUUAAUCACUUGCUCUGUCA